AAGGUGGACGAAGACCGAGUGUCUAGUGCGAGAUGACUUCUUUCCCGCCGAUUUCCAGAAUCUACGACUACCUUAUGCUUGUUUGUAAUACGAUACGUUCUUAUGCCUGCUUCGAGGUUGAGUCUUGACAACUUGACGAGUCUGUAGCGAUGACAAUUGCGGGUUCAAGGUCGCAAGUCACGUGAAGCCUAGGUGAGCGUUGACCGAGGUCGGGGAUCAAGAGAUCUGGGAUGAGCAGGUCAUCCUUAUCAAACGUCCUGCAAGCUCGUGGCUCGCACCUGCGUAUCGUUUGGACAAUAGACAUAGCUCCGACAAUCCUCAUCGAAAUGCCGCAUAACUCAACGGCCGGGAAACGCAGAGCGGCCGAGGGCCGGGACGAGCCCCGCAAGAGUCGCCGAGCUCCUCCUGGCGACCGCAGCACAACUACCCCUCCUACCGAUAUCAAACCAGUAGUGUCAUCUCCCGACAUUGUCCUCCUCGAUGAGUUAUUCACUCCCGAACUCAGUACCUCGUCAGCGGCAGGACCAGGGCCGAAUUCGACCCGUCGAGCCAAGUCCGCUGCCUCCGCUUCGAUCGCUCAGGCCGCUGCCGUUUCUAACGACGGUGAAAGCCAAGAUGAUGGGAGUGACAGCGAGCCCUAUGCCAGUCCCGGCCCAGGUGUGAGGUUACCGGGAGUGCCCAAGAUCUAUGACUUCAAGUUCAUAGACAAGAUCAAUCCUGGGGUGUCUCCUAUCUGGGCUGCUAAGCAGCGAUGUUUAGAGGUAGAAAAGAAGUACGGCUUCUCGGAAACAUGGAUUCGUGUCAAGAAGAUUGUUAACGACCCACAGGCCCGAGUUCAUAGGGGAGAAGACCGGUGCCAACGGUGCCGAGAAUUCGAUGGCAAAGUUCCCGAGGGGAUGGAGGUCUGGCCCUGCAUCACGGAGGGCAAAUCAAAGUGCACCUUUUGCCGCCUGGUAACGCGGCCAUGCACGCUGUGGUACCUCGCACCUGGCAACAAUCAAGAAGCCGACGUCGCGGCUCUGCCCGUACCUGCAGAUAUUCCUGUCCCAACCAUCGCCUCUCCGCCCGUCGCCGGACCCUCUAGAUCUAAUCGCCGCAUUCGUGGUCAAGGGCGUCUUGCGCGAUAUGAAGAAUCAGAGGCCAGUCCUGAAGUCGAUCACGAAGCACCAUCCAUGCCGUCCACUGCGGUACCGUCCAGAUCCAGGGAACAGACACCCGCACCCGCAGUAGACUCAGCUUCACCGGCCGGACCAAGCAGGGGCAAGCUAUUGCGGGAGAGACGGCAAUUCGUGCACAAGAUGAAGUGCUCGCUAGCCAUCAUAUCGGAGUCCUGCGAUCAAGUCCAAGAGCAAGACGACGACACAUCGCUGCGCGAGCUUUUGGACGAGAUGGAAGAGGAUAUGGACGAGCUUUAUGUGAUCCUCAGGGGGUUGCAGAACAAAGUGGGGGACCGUUUGUCCAACGAUUGAAUUAAAUCGAUUUACACCUGUAUGGAAAAACUGCAAUGCCUUACUCGGGUGGAUCGCCGGUGGUGGAAGGGUGGCGACGAUCAUGUCGGAGAUCAUCGCUCCAGGCUUAUCAAAGGCGGCCCACCUCGGUCAGAUCUCAGGGCGUCCUUUGGUUCGGGCCGGUUG